AGACAACUUACACUGUGCGCUCUAUAGAGACAACACACUGUGCACUCUAUGAAGAGACAACCUGGAGUGUCUCCUGCAGGGGAGAGUGAGUGGAGUGGAUAAGAGGCAGCACCGGUGACAAGUUACAGCUAGAGGACGAGCACCUGGGCAACACUAACAACUUGGGAGGGAGCCUGCCUGUGUUCACGGAAAGUUUCUACACAGGUCCUACUGCUAACUACUAAGGAUAAUGCACUGGGUGGUCAUGUCCUGUAUCUGUCUGGCAGGGCUCCGUCUCUCCAGUCAGAGUCUGGAUUUCUCAUAUCACAAUUCUCAACAAAUGGAAAGCGUUUUAAAGGACUUCAAUACAAAUUACCCAGCAAUAACAUAUCUCCACAGCAUCGGGAAGUCAGUGGAAGGCAGAGAUCUGUGGGUUUUUGUUAUUGGAAAAACCCCAACAAAGCACACUAUUGGCAUUCCUGAAUUCAAGUAUGUUGCAAAUAUGCAUGGGAACGAGGCAGUUGGGAGAGAAUUAAUGCUUCAUAUGAUAGAAUACCUGCUAACCAAUUAUCAGAAUGACUCAGUUAUUACACAACUGAUCACUAAAACCCGGAUACAUAUAAUGCCUUCUAUGAACCCAGAUGGCUUUGAAAAUUCAAUCCCACCAGAUUGUGACAGUUUAAUUGGCAGGGUGAAUGAAAACGGUUAUGACCUGAAUAGAAAUUUCCCUGAUGCUUUUGAGAAGAACAAUGUGGAGACCCAACCAGAAACACAGGCAGUGAUGGACUGGAUUAAGACUGAGAACUUUGUACUGUCUGCUAACUUUCAUGGUGGAGCCAUGGUUGCCAGCUACCCAUAUGAUAACUCUUAUACCACGCCUCCAGACGAGGAUGUAUUGCAAUAUUUAGCUACAUUGUACUCUAAAAACAAUGCCCAAAUGUACCAAGGUGUAUCUUGUCAAGGUUCAAGCAGUUUUCAGAAUGGCAUAACCAAUGGAGCUUCAUGGUACUCAGUAUUAGGUGGCAUGCAAGACUACAACUACAUCUUCAGCCAGUGUAUGGAAAUUACUCUGGAGGUGUCAUGCUGUAAAUAUCCUGCAUCUUCCACACUUCAGCAAUUUUGGAAUGACAACCAAGUAUCUGUUAUGGAGUACAUGAAGCAAGUACACAUGGGAAUAAAGGGGCAGAUAUUCGAUGUUGAUGGAAACCCUUUUCCAAAUGCUAUAGUGGAUGUCCAGGGACGGCAACGUAUUUGUCCAUACAGAUCUGAUAGAAAUGGGGAGUAUUACCUCUUGCUUCUUCCUGGAACAUAUACACUUAAUGUUACGGUGUUGAAUUCCUCAAUCAUAAAGAACAUAACUAUACCGCAGAGUGCAAACUUUUCUGCACUGACUUAUAAUUUCCAGCUCACCACAAAGACAAGCAGUACAGUGCCAGUAACAACAUUUUGUACUCCUAGUGGCACCAGUAGCACUGGCAGCAUACUACAAGCCUGUUUACUGACGUGCAUCCUGAGAACUGUGCUAGUGUUAUUAUGUAAUGCCCAAUAGAGCGCAGAUUCUACCAAAGAAACCUGUACAAAGACAGACAGGUGUGGAGCUUGAUGGAAUUACUUUGAAGACUUACAAAUGGAACCAGAAAAUGUGCCAUAAAGUCUUCAGUUAGGUGCUGCCAAUGCAAACUUUUAUUAUUGUCUUGGUUCUAUAUAUCAUUUAAGCAUUCUAAUAUGAAUUUGUUUUAUAUUUACAAAACUGGUCUGUUAAAAAAGGUGCCGCUCUGAAGCCCAAUAUCUACCAAAUAUGUAUACUAAUUAGAGAUGUGCGGGUUCGGAUUUCCUCAGUUCUUAACGCCAAAAUUAACAUGAGUUCGGAUUUAUCCAGAUAUUUCUUAUGGGCUAUCCAAAACACGUGAUGUCAGAGAGUCAAUAAGAUGCUGUUUUGAGAUCCAUGUAAAUCCAGACCCGCACAUCUCUAAUACUAAUACAGUAGUGUGAGUAAAUAAACUGCUUACAAAAAUCACGCUGCCAGUUAGUGGUUGUGGUGGUUGCUUACACUGUAAAAUGUCAUUAAGAGCAAAAUGUUUUCCUUUAACCAUACACAUUUUUUAGUUAAUCUUUCCAGCCCAUAAUUUAGUUUAACUCAGGCAUUGUAAAGCCUCAAAAAUGUAGCAUUUGCUUGCACUUUAAAAAUCCUAAAUGUGUGUAGUUUCCUGGUAGUGUUUGGUACUCUUCACUCUGAAAUGGUCACGGUAGUCUCGAAUGAAUGAAUGAAUGAAUGAAUACCUUUAUUAUCAUUAAAAAACACCAAGGGAUGUCAACGAAAAAAUCAAGUUAAACCAUAUCACAUAAUAGAACAAGCAGCAAUUACUUUCCAAAACCUCCACUUAAGACAUUUCGACAGUUUAACAUAUGCACUGCACUUGGAACAAAGCGGUCAUAGUCGUUUUGUGCGUGAGUGAACAGCCAAUCUCACAAAAAAAGGAAUAAUUUGGAUGACUAGGAUCCUCCAAAAUAGCUAUUGAUUUCUUAAGGACCCUUUUUUCAUAAGUCUCAUGAAUACCAGGUAACCUUACCCCAACUACGCUGCCUGCUGUCCUAACCAUCCGAUCUAAGGCCUUUUGUUCUGCAAUAGUACAGUUCCCGACCAUACAGCAAGGCCGUAGGUCAGGACACUCUCCACUAUGCUACGGUAAAAAUUGUACAGGGUCCCUUUGCUCACACAAGCUGAUUUUAGGUGCCUUAAAACAAAAAAAAAGACGUUGCUCCACCUUUUUUACCAAAAAGUGGAAUUUAAAGACCAAAACAAAGUAUUUGAAAUAAAAAUCCCUGGGAAUUUGAAGGAUUCCACCUGCUCAAUAAUUUUCAUAUCCAGAAGGAUAGGUAACUUAGGAGUGCUAUUUCGCUUCCUGAAAUCAUUUAUCUUCUCCUUGGCUUAUUUGCCCUACUCCACUCAAAUAAAUAAGGGACCUCGUUCCUGUAUGCAUUCUCAUCCUCAUUACUUAUUAAACCCACAAUGGCGGUAUCAUCCACGAACGUAACAAUUUUCACAGAGUCCGAUGUUGAUUCACAAUCGUGGGUAAAUAAUGAAUAAUGAUGCCUUUUAUCAGGGUCAGGGUUCUUUCUAGAUUCAGAUGCAUUGCACAAGUUGUACAUUGCUACGUUAUUAACGGAGGAGGCUUUAAUAUAUCUCCUAACCUAGCUGUAGACAGAUCUACCCCCACCCUAGACAAAGCAGAUAUUGCACCCCAUAAGGAUUCGCUGACUUUAAUGUUCUUAAGACAAAACCUGGCAUUUUUAAAAUUCAACUGCUGGAGACGCCACUUUUCACUGCUCACCAGCAAUUGUACACCUGCAUAGACAUGAUCUCAUGACUAUUGCGGUAGUAAACUCGCCCUUCUCUUGGAAAGAUCAUGUGGGAGUAUACAUCAUCCUAGACAUAACUUGCCCUUCCUCUGGUGCAGGUGGGCAGUUAGAUGACCUUCUGUUUAUAAACACAUCUUCCAUCUCAGAGAUUAAAACCAAAUCACUGACUAUUUUAACGGCAAUUCCUCAAAAUGACAUACUAGCGAGUGUGGUAAGGGAAGCCCUAAAAUCUACUAUAAGAGGUUGGCUCAUACACUCAGCAUCCACUGCAGAAAAGUUAGCAGCAUGAGAGUUCACUCAUUUGAAGGAAUAAUAUAUCCUCCUUAUAGUACAAAAUAAUAAGAGCAAAUCCCUACUUAAAGCUUCCUCUCUCAACACAAGACUGUCAGAGGUCAGAUUAAUGCCAUCCUCUUUUGUAGAGCAGCUAAUAUGCUGAAAAAUGCAAGCAAGACUGAUAAAGCAAUUUCCGUGCUAGCAAGGAAGCUUAGGCAGAAGAGAAGGGGCAUAACCAGAACUUCAUGGGCCCCACAGCAACAUAUUGAUGGACUCUCUGUUCCAAUGCUUCUUGAGAGACACCUCUCCACAACAGUUAUUCAUUUAUGCCCCAUAAACCUCCCAGAUUUGAAAGGUUAUUAGAAAAGAUAUGGUAAAUGCUAUUCAAAAUUUCAGUACAUAAUCUAAAAGCACAAAGGAAACCAUUUCUUUAAAAUGUUGAAUAUGAUAUGGUCCAGAUGGUGGCCUUCAUUAGUAAUACACAUUUGUAGUCGAUUUCUGAAGUUUCACAUCACUCGGCGGGUCAUUUCCAGCGUUAUCGCUGCAAUUUCUUGAGAAAGCUUACUUUCAUUUGACUGGAUAGGUUAAAAAGCAGAAUUUUCAUUACUAGGCAGAAAACAAUCCUCACCAGCUUCAUGAAAGGCCUCUACAGAGCCAACGGGGCUAUCUGAAAGCUGAGGUCUACAAACAUCAACCAAAAACCAUUAAUGAAUUGAAGGCUGCAAUAGGCGAAGAAAUUAUAUCAUAUACAAAGCCAAUUGAAAAUAAACUGUUCCAUGCACUUUUAGAUUACGUACUAAAAUUUUGAAUAGUAUUUACCAUGCCAUUUUGGUUAUCCUUUAAAAUAUUUUUUUUUGCCUUACCCUGUACAUAACAUAGGCAAGAAUAAGGUACAGGGAUACAGGAACAAGUGAUUGCCAACUGUCCCAGUUUUAGCAUAACAGUCACAUUUUUUGGGGCACUGUCCCGCUUUCACAUCCACGGGCCUCAGUGUCUCGCGGUUUGGCAGUUGGGAGACCCUCUCUCACUUGCUGCAGACCGGCAGUGAAUAAAUGUGGGCGCAUCCGCACGGCAUCUAUUCACUGGGAGAGAGGGGUUUGGGGACAUGGCCAGACCGUUGUGGGUGAGUUGCUGCUGGGAGAGAUACUGCUGAGCGACUACUCACUUCUCCAGAUCCAAGCUGCUGGUGUCUGCAACUUGCUGAUUCCAGCUGUUGUUAAGAUGUUUGCUGCUGACAGGCUGUAAGGUACAGUCUUUUAGCCUGGUAGGAUCCAAAGAGUCCUAAACCAACUCUAGUGUUGCACCACAAGGACAAAAAGAAAACAGAGGUCCUUCUGCAGCUUGUUUUUAUACCUCAGCCCACUGCAGGGAUUAGGUGGAUUUUUAACCCCAAGAGCCUGGGCCUCCUGCUGGGUGGCACUGUGAAGUCUCAUUUAUGACUUCCUGCAGGCCUUUGUGGGAUGCAGGGCUGUGACAUUCUAUUGCUGGAAGUUUGGAGUAGGUAACAGGCAGAAGCAGUCUGUAGGUCACAGGACUAUAACGAAGUAUUAAAGCGAUGAUUGCAUAUUUUACUGAAAUAUUUUAUAUACAUGUUCGACUUCCACUGCUUCUUAAGGUGUGUACACACGGUGAGAUAUUUUCUUUCGAUUUUUGACUAUAUAGUCAAAAUUGCAAGAAAAGUUAGUGCAGAUCGCAAGGUGAAAGUAACCUUGCGAUCCCGAUGCGCGGUCCCGCCAGGUCGGUAUCGCAAGAAAAGAUAGACUGUGCAGGCAAGUCAAUCCUUGCUAGAUCGGUGUACUAUCUAGUUCAUCUCACAUAAAUCACUAAAUGUUAUUAUAAUAUUCCCUAGGAAUAAAUAUUUAGAACGGUAAUAAGGAUGAUAUUCAAAUAAAGCAGAUGUGUCAAAUGUAUAAUUUCUUAUUUACUUGAUGUUCUAUUUGUUACUAUAAGAUUAUUUUGAUGGGAAUACUUAAUACAAAAAUAAUUGUCUUAAUAUCAUACUCUCCCUAUAAAUCAAUUUAGGAAAAUCAUGGGUUUCUAUUAUUGAUUUGGAAAAUUCAGGUUUUUUUUUAUAAGGGAUACGGUCAUUAGGUCGACCACUAUUGGCCGACAUGCAUUAGGUCGACAUGGAAAAAGGUCAACAUGCAUUUUUCAAAUUUUUCUUCAUUUUUUUUUUACUUUUUCAUACUUUACGAUCCACGUGGACUACGAUUGGGAAUAGUAACCUGUGCCAAGUGCAGCGAGGCACCUUGCCCGAAGCAUCGCAAGCCAUGCGAGGGGACACGGUGCACUAAUUGGGGUUCCCCAUCACUUUACGAUGAAAACAACACCAAAAAAAAUCUAAAAAAAUCAUGUCAACCUUUUUCCAUUGUCGACCUUGUUCAUGUCGACCUAAUGACUGUGUCAACCUAUUUCAGGUGCCGACCCAGUCACAGUCAACUAAUAGUGGUCGACCUAAUGCAUGUCGACCCUAUAACCCAUACCAUUUUAUAUACUGCACAUUGUUUCAAUUGUGCUUCUAUGUAUCACUAUUUUGAUACACCUGUUUCUUUAUAAAUAACCUAAUCUACCUAACCAAUACGAUUGCAAGGACAAAUGAAAAACGGUAAUUGGUUAAACAUAUUGGUUAAAUCAAUGUCAGCAACCAAUAGAGGACUGAGGCUGGCUAUUUAACUUCCUCCAGCCCGAUGUUUGGGUUCCCUAUGAUUAAGCUGUAAUGCGAAACGAUCAUUAGGAUAAGCGGUACAGGUGUCAAACGUGUCCGCUGUUUAAAUAGCCAACCACUGUUAAUAUGGGCGAGUAGCCCUUGAAAAUAUCAGUUGUUUGUGUGUAUGUGUUGUGUGUCAUAUGUAAGAAGUACCAACAACAGAGAUAAGCUAGGUAUUGACAGCCGUGAGUAGUGGGAUUCACACGCCAGAGAGGCUCAGUGAUGCACACAUAUUGAUGGCUGUGGGUUAGCGCUGAGAGGCGCGCUAUUAGACAGCACUGCCAUAUACUUGACAGUGCUUAUGUGUACCACUGCUAUUGUUAGGGGUUUUUCAAUAUUAUCAUUAAUACAUCAUGAUCAGAGAGCUAUAAUGGAUAGUUCUCUAAAUUACGAUCAAUAGGUACAUUAACAUAAUCUGUGUUCCCAGUGAUAUUAAAAUUAGAACUAUCACAUUUUUAGUAUGAUGAUAGGUACCACUCUAAUGCUGUGACAUAUUCAUGGUCACACUCAAAGGACCAAUAACAUUAUCUCAUGCAUUUAUAGUACUGUAUGCCCCCUCAAAAAACAAUAAUAAUAAUAAUAAUAAUAAUAAUAAUAUAUAUAUAUAUAUAUAUAUAUACAUACACACACACUAGCAGGAGACUACACACUGACUCUAGGGUGGUAAUGACUGACGUAUCCAAUUUUGAUGGUAUAUAUUAAUGCAUAUGGUAUAAUACAAUAACCAACAAAAAAUUAUGAGAGUGCCAAUGAUCCAAAAGGCUUCGCAUAACAUUGAAUAAUCUAUAUAUUUAUACUAGCAUCAACUGGUUAAUAAUAAAUGUGAAUAUAUUACACUGAUUGGUAAUCGAAUAAUAACUCUAAUAUUAUAGGUAUACAUUUAUUAUUGUGGAAAAAGGUGUAAUCGUAUUGCCUGAAUAGUGAACAAAGAGUAUACUUGGAUUCAGUGAUGCGCACACUGCCAAUACUCAUAUUAAAUUGCUCAUGUGGUAUUUGAUAAAGAAUAUCAAGAUUAUUACAUAUUAGAAGCAAAAGCAGUAAGUUUAAAUUUAUACAAUUGUAUCUCUUCCACAAUUUGACAAAAGCUACUGUAGUGAGAUAUUUAUACCCUACUUUAGCAACAUAUGAGACACAUUCCAACAAGGGAGAAUAAAUAAAAAGUACACAACUACAGUGGUUGAGCCUUUUAUUAUCACCUUGAAUUUGUACACCUUUUCUUUUUCACUUGCACAUAUUUUGCCAGCUAUUAACAAGUAUACAUUAAAAGUUAGAUUAUAAUUAACUAGUGGUCAUCUACCUAAUGGGUAGGUGACUUAAAGUAAUUUCGUUAGUAUAUUAGACUAUGUGUGCCCUAGUUAGGGAAUACUUUCUUUCUUCUUGGUUGAUACAGUAUAGUCAGUGUGUUUUCCAGUUUCUGCUAUCUUUCCAUAUUUUCUUACUUGUCAUAUAUGUCUGCAUAUUGGUUACCAAUCAUCAGGAAAUGUGCCUCAAUCUUCCCUUGCAUUGCAUAUCCUCAAUUAAACCAAUAUUGCUUUUGGAUAUCAUAA